GUUUUGCUGCGAAUAACAGCACGCGCGAUGAUGUCAGAAGGUGUAUAAAUACUGCAUCAAGGACUAGCGUUAGUCAGUUUGAAUUUGUACAGAGAACGUUGCGCUCUUAAGUACAAAGUUGUUCAGGCCGUUACCCUUGAAAAGAAGUGAGACUGAAGCAAAAACAUGAGGGAGUGUAUUUCUAUUCAUGUUGGACAAGCUGGUGUGCAGAUUGGCAAUGCCUGUUGGGAGUUGUACUGUUUGGAGCAUGGAAUACAGCCUGAUGGACAAAUGCCAAGUGACAAAACCAUUGGUGGGGGUGAUGACUCUUUCAACACCUUUUUCAGCGAAACUGGUGCUGGAAAGCAUGUCCCAAGAGCAGUAUUUGUUGACUUAGAGCCAACUGUUGUAGAUGAGGUUAGGACUGGAACGUAUCGCCAACUAUUUCAUCCAGAGCAACUUAUCACUGGCAAAGAAGAUGCUGCUAACAAUUAUGCCAGAGGUCAUUACACUAUUGGCAAGGAAAUUGUUGAUCUUGUAUUGGAUAGGAUCAGGAAAUUGGCUGACCAAUGUACUGGACUUCAAGGAUUCCUGAUUUUCCACAGCUUUGGUGGUGGCACUGGUUCUGGAUUUGCUUCCCUUUUGAUGGAAAGAUUAUCUGUUGACUAUGGAAAGAAGUCGAAGCUGGAGUUUGCCAUUUACCCAGCACCUCAGGUGUCUACAGCUGUUGUUGAACCAUACAACUCCAUCUUGACUACCCAUACAACCUUGGAACAUUCAGACUGCGCAUUCAUGGUCGAUAACGAGGCUAUCUAUGAUAUCUGCAGGAGAAAUCUUGACAUUGAACGUCCUACAUACACAAAUUUGAACAGGUUGAUCGGGCAAAUUGUCAGUUCAAUCACAGCCUCACUUCGUUUCGAUGGUGCCCUGAACGUAGAUCUGACGGAGUUCCAGACCAACUUGGUACCAUACCCUCGUAUUCAUUUCCCUUUAGUAACCUAUGCCCCUGUCAUCUCUGCUGAGAAGGCCUACCAUGAGCAAUUGUCUGUUGCUGAAAUAACCAAUGCCUGCUUUGAGCCAGCUAACCAGAUGGUGAAAUGUGAUCCCCGUCAUGGAAAAUACAUGGCCUGCUGCAUGUUGUACAGAGGUGAUGUUGUACCAAAGGAUGUCAAUGCUGCCAUUGCUACCAUCAAGACCAAGAGAACCAUCCAAUUUGUUGACUGGUGCCCAACAGGAUUCAAAGUCGGAAUCAACUACCAGCCACCCACUGUUGUCCCAGGUGGUGAUUUAGCCAAGGUGCAGAGAGCUGUAUGCAUGCUGAGUAAUACCACAGCCAUUGCGGAGGCGUGGGCUCGUCUUGACCACAAAUUUGAUUUGAUGUACGCCAAACGUGCCUUUGUUCACUGGUAUGUUGGAGAGGGAAUGGAAGAAGGAGAGUUUUCUGAGGCACGUGAGGAUCUAGCUGCCCUGGAGAAGGAUUACGAGGAAGUUGGUGUGGACUCUGUUGAGGGAGAAGCUGAAGAGGAGGGAGGGGACGAGUAUUAGAUGUCUCCAUAAAUAUAACUUGUGAUGUAGCGGUCAACCAUCACAAUUGAUUUGAUAGGGCAUCUGAAAUAAAGACUUUAUUUUACAUUGUAGGUUUGAACUUUGAUUUUCAAUAUGACACACAAAAUACUUUAAUAAAUAAUGUGCUUUGUUUACAUUUACCUUGAGUUACAAAACUUCAUUUAUUCAAAUUCUUAAUAAAUUUCAAUUGCUAAUA